AUACCACUAGGUCCUUGUUUAUCGUACACAUUCUACAUGUUAUAGGGUGCACGAGGUUUGCCGUGUAUAAGCAAGCUCAAAGCGAGUAGCCCGCGAUGUUGGCCCCCGAGACGCUUCCUCGCUUUCUCGACCUACGCCAAUUCAACCUGUGUUGACUCACCUCUAAGCACCGCAAUGUCCUUUUAACAGCGCACCUAUACUCGGCUACUGAUUACUUUUCGACCGACAUUGCCAAGCCAAAUUCAUCGUCUUUUAUUCCCCAAAAACUUGGAUUCAGCCGUCAGAUUUGAGAUAUCAACAUGUGUUCCUCAGGGCUCAUAGUAAAAUCCGUAAGAAAUCCCUACUCGUUGCCUGACUUAUCUCGGGAGGGCAAGUGGUUAGUCCAUGGACAUGAAAUCGUUAAAGAUGUUUGCCAAGAAGAGGAGCGCAUCAACUCGAAGAUCGAAACACACGAACGUCUGUUCGCGCAUCAAACUUUGAGCACAGCUCGUAGAGACUGCCGCUACAGAUCUGAUAAGGUUCCAAAAGAUUCACUCGAUUUUAUGUUAUCUUCGAUUUAUUACCACGACAAAGAUUUAUUUGUACCAAAAAUGUACACGGCUAUCCAACCAGAGUCGAUUGAUAAAGAGACUUGGCGUCAGUUGCGCAAUCAAAUAAAGGUUUAUUCAAAACCAUCAGUUCCACUUGGCCACGAAAUCAAAUACGCUGAAAUCGAAUCAAAAAGAAGCUUAACUUCUGGAAAGUCUAGCGGAUUAGAAGCUAGUGCAAGAAAGAGGAUACAUCCGAGCAGUCUUCAGUUAGCCAUCGAAGGACCCCAUACCGAUCGAACUAAUCCGGGUUACAGCAGGAAAAUCGACGGAACCUAUUAUGGCAUCUAAAACAAGAAAGAAACGACGCUGUUUUUCUGAAUAAGAAAAUGGUUCAAACUUACUUAACUUAAUAGAAUGUUUCAAUCUAAUUUCGAAUAUGAA